UGACGAGACUAAGCAAAAGGGCGAGGGUGUAGCGGACGCUCGGACGAGCAGAACGGCUACAUAGCAUUAGUAGAGAGAGGAAGAGGAUGCGUUGAAAAGGAAAAUAAAAAUGAUGACGAUGUCGGCCGCGUGGCCCGGGUCUGUAGCCCUUGCCGCGCGCUCUUGCCACUCGUCCAACUGCUGCUUCAAUCGCUGGCUUCCUAUUCCUCUUUCCCGCGCUGCUGCUGCUGCCGCCGCCGCCGCCUCUUCAUUGUGUUUGUUGAGAAGGACAAGGGCACCGCCUCCUCCUUGCUCUUCUAACUCUGUUCUAGGAGGAGAAGGAGGAGGAGAUUCGAUGGCUACCGAGACCAUUGAAGAGGGAGGAGGAAGGGACGGGGAGGAAGGAGAAGACGGAGAAGGAGGGGAAGGAGGAAAUCUGGAGAUUGGAGAGAAGGAGUGGGAGGAGUGGGGGAUCACGUCCUCUUGGUCGACCCAGGUGCCGGAAAUGGUGUCGGAAUCCGUAGAGGGCUUGAAGGCUCUACGCAGAGAGGUGGACGCCCCGAUAAAGUUCGGUGGCAUCGGAGGCAAACUUCGGGGACCUUUUAAAGAACGAGAGGAAAAAAAGCAUAAGGCCAUGUAUCAGUCUCUUCUAGAUUCUGAAAAGAAGCUGCAGUUCUUUGCUGCUCGUCAAAUAGGAUGUCGUCUACUUGGGAGUAGGGGAUAUCUUUGCCACAAGUGCUGGCUUCCUCUUCAUGGAGAUUGUAUGUGUUCAAAAAUUCUACCUUGCUUUUUAUGGCGUGGAUUGCGCUUCUGGUUGUACAUGCAUCCAAAGGAUUUUCUGCGACAAAACAAUACUGGAAAACUGUUGUGGCAACUAUUUGGAGUUGAACAGGCUCGCUUGUGCCUUUUUGGCAUUUGUGAACAUGAAGAAAGCAUGUGGAAGGUCCUCCAAAGUUCAGGGAGGGAUAUGGUUUGGUGCCUUUAUCCUACUCAAAAUGCACCUUCUCAAUCUGUGAAGGAUAUAAACUUUGAUGGUGUGCUAGGAAGUGUUGAAGAAAAAUUUCCUCAGGUGGAUGAGAAGAUGCCAGUAAUGAACGUUAUACUGGUAGAUGGUACAUGGAAUAAUUCUGCUGCAAUGUUCAACCGCUUGAAGGAUCGAGCAAUAAGGGUCUGGGGAGAAGGUCUCAACACCAUUUCUUUGGCCAUCCCAUCCGUAUCAGUUAUGCACAAGCUAAGGACUCAACCUUCCAAGGAUCGUUCAUGUACAGCAGCCGCAGCUGCAGACCUUUUAACAGAACUGAAUCAACUGCCUCAAUUAUCUUCUCUGGGGCUUCAUAAAUCGGCAGAAGCUUUGAAUGAUACUUUAGAGAGCCUUCUCGAUGCACUCACUGGACGCCGUAUUCGCACAGGUAGAUCUAUUGCACGGACGAUACGAGCAAGCAGCUGCCACAAGUUUUGAUUCCCAUUAGUUUGCCUUUUUUGGGCUAAACUUCUCCAUCCUUCAAUAUUGGCAUAAUCAAGCGUUCGAUACCCUUUACUGCCUGCCCACUAGUUGUCCUGUUCUCUUUCUUUGGGGUAGGCUAUUUCCUUUCUUGUUAUCAUCAUCAUAAACAGCCUAGUCACAAUUUUUUUUUCUAAAAACGAAAAAUCCAUCGCGAGAGCCGUUAUUUAUAUAUUUUCUUAUGACUUGUAAUUGAAAAUUGAUAUUCCAUUGGCUAAUUUUCCUUCUCGUUACGUAUA